AUGGAAGACAUUAAUGGCCAGCUGACGGGGCACCAAUUCCUCCUUCCUGCCGAGAUCAUAGUUGAGAUUCUUUCAAGGCUAUCAGUGAAGUCCUUAUGCCGCUUCAGGUGCGUAUCAAAGCCCUGGCGCUCUCUAAUCACCAACACCAAGUUCAUUGCACUGCACGCCAGGAAAGCCCUCGAGGAUAAAGAGGUAUUCUUACGGAGACGAAGAGUCAUAUUUAACAACGUGAAGUUAUGUGGCCUUUACUCUAUGGAUCUAGAUGAGUUUCUCAACCAUGCAAACAAUCACGAUGGUUUAGUAACAGCCACCGAGCUCGAUUUUUUUCGUAAUGAAUUUCAUGCAGAUGAUCAAAAACAUGGACCCCCUUUUGUUCCUUUCAUCUACUCCUGUAAUAACUUGUUGUUGUGCAGUGCCAACUGUGGUGGGUUAUAUUUGGUUAAUCCUGCAACCAGGGAGAUGAAGAAAGUACCAAGGACACCGUUAUGGAGACCUAAUAUCAGGCCCGUAAUUCUCUUGAGCUUAUGUGGAUUUGGAUUUGAUUACUCCAACAAUGAGUAUAAGGUGGUUGACGGGAAGAUCUAUUAUGACUGUAUCGUAUUUAGUGUCUAUAGAUUGAAAACUGAUGCUUGGCGACAGAUAGAGUGCCACUCUUACAACUUCGGUUCUUGUUUUCAAGGGAUUUUUCUGAAUGGAGCUAUUCAUUGGUUAGCAGGGAAAGCGGGAGUUCCACACUCUCGGGUGAUUGCAACUUUUCUAUUAGCAGAUGAGGAGUUUUCCGAAAUUCAACUCCCACCCAUCGCUCAUACUAGUUUAGCAAUAUUGAGUGUGUUUAGAGAUUGCUUAUGUAUAACGUUACGUGACACUGAUCACACAUUUUACGAGUUUUGGGUCAUGAAAGAAUAUAGGGUGAACAAGUCUUGGACUAAAAUGGUCUCCAUGCCAUAUACGACCAUAUUGUCACAUAUUAGUUUUUCUACAAAAUCUCAUGAUCUUAUGGUGUACAAGAAUUCAUUGGUUAUGUACGACUUUAAGAAAGAAAGUGGUAGGAAGCUACAAAUUCGUGAUAUGCCUGAAGUUGGUAAUUGUGUGGGGGUUUAUGUAGAGGGACUUUUUCCGCUUAUUGAUCACGCUAGAGAAGGGCAAGAUCGGAGUACGUCGACGUAG